UCUGGGAGAAUAUUUUCUUGCAGCAGAUGAGAGUUCUUUGUGCCUGGCAGUAGAAGCUGCAGCAGUAUCUUUGUCUGCUUGGAUAAGAUUUGAAGACGCUUGACAAAUAGGAAUCAAGGCAUUUUCUUCACCAAUACUAUGUUCCUGUCUAUUCAUAUUAAUACAAUUUGAGAGAGCAUUCUGUUUGAGAGCGCAUUCUGUUUGAGAGAGGACUACUUGGUGAGGUGUGGCUCUUGCUGAAAUCUCCCAGGAUUUUUGGCAUUUUGCUAAGCAAGCUUGCAGUACAUUGACAUUUAAUAUAAAAAAGAUUUUAACUACUGGAUUUUCAAAGAUGGGGAAGAAGAGUAUGCUUUUGAAGCAGAGGAAUAUAUUUUGCUAAGAGAAUAUUGAACUAGAGAAGCAAAUUUCAGUGCCUUUGUAAUGGGUUGCACAACUAGUGUGGUUCUAUUUAAAGGCAUUCGUACGGUUAUCGAAAGGAACUGUUCAUAUAUUUGUAAAUACCAAGGAGAGAAUAAUGCUUUGGAUUAUACUGGAAAUAGUUUGACAAAAGAAGACUCAGGAAUACUGAUCCAUUCAUUCCUGGCAAAACCAAAGUUAAUCGAGCCAAUUGACUAUGAAAAUGUAAUAGUUCAAAAGAAAACCCAAAUACUUAAUGAUGCCUUGCGGGAGAUGCUCCUUUUUCCUUAUGAUGACUUCCAGACAGCAAUAUUGAAGCGACAGCAUCGAUAUUUAUGCUCUACAGUUCCUGAUAAUGCAGAGAAAGAAGCUCAGAGUCUAUUUGUAACUGAGUGCAUUAAAACGUACAACUCUGACUGGCAUGUUGUAAAUUACAAAUUUGAAGAUUACUCAGGAGAGUUUCGACAGCUUCCAAAUAAAGGGACCAAAUUAGAUAAACUUCCUGUUCAUGUUUAUGAAGUUGAUGAAGAGGUCGAUAAAGAUGAGGAUGCUGCAUCUCUAGGAUCCCAGAAGGGAGGAAUUACAAAGCAAGGAUGGCUGUACAAGGGGAACAUGAACAGUGCUAUCAGUGUUACAAUGAGGUCAUUUAAAAGAAGAUUUUUUCACUUGCUCCAACUUGGUGAUGGAUCAUAUAACCUCAAUUUCUACAAAGAUGAGAAAAUAUCUAAAGAACCAAAAGGAUCAAUAUUUUUGGAUUCCUGCAUGGGAGUGGUCCAGAACAACAAAGUCCGACGUUUUGCUUUUGAGCUCAAAAUGCAAGACAAGAGCAGCUAUCUUCUUGCAGCAGACAGUGAAAUAGAAAUGGAAGAAUGGAUUGCAACUCUGAACAAAAUUCUCCAAUUAAAUUUUGAAGCUGCAAUGCAAGAAAAAAGAAAUGGAGAUUCCCAUGAUGAUGAUGAGCAAGGCAAGAUGGACAGCUCAUCAUCCAGUUUGGACUUUCUUCCUGAAAAUAUCAAGGGCUCCAGAGAUACUGAAAUGAAAUUCAAAAGUGAAAGCAGGGUUAAACUCUUUGCACUGGAUCCAGAUGCACAGAAACUUGACUUCUCUGGUAUAGAACCAGAAAUAAAGCCUUUUGAAGAGAAAUUUGGGAAGAAAAUCCUGGUGAAAUGCAAUGACUUAUCUUUCAAUCUGCAAAGCUGUGUUGCUGAAAAUGAGGAGGGACCAACAACAAAUGUAGAGCCAUUUUUCAUCACCUUGUCAUUGUUUGACAUUAAAUACAAUCGAAAGAUUUCAUCAGACUUGCAUGUGGAUUUGAAUCAUAACACAGUGAGACACAUGCUAGAUAAUGUGUCCCAGCAAUUGGCGAAUGGCAGCAGUGAUGGUUUAUACAGGAUUCAAGAUGUUAUUCCAGAAAUUAUGUUACAGUAUCCCAAACAGGGAAUAUUCUCGGUGACGUGCCCACAUCCCGAUAUAUUUCUAGUUGCCAGAAUAGAAAAAGUCCUGCAAGGGAGCGUAACCCACUGUGCUGAACCAUAUAUGAAGAGUUCUGAUUCUUCUAAGGUUGCCCAAAAGGUUCUGAAAAAUGCAAAACAAGCUUGCCAGCGGCUAGGACAAUAUAGAAUGCCAUUUGCGUGGGCAGCCAGGACACUAUUCAAGGAUGCAUCUGGAACACUAGACAAAAAUGCACGAUUUUCAGCACUUUACAAACAAGACAGCAACAAGCUUUCAAAUGAAGAUUUGCUUAAAUUUUUAGCAGAUUUUAGAAAACCUGAAAAGAUGGCCAAGUUACCAGUUAUUUUAGGAAACCUAGACAUAACAAUUGAUAAUGUUUCCCCAGAUAUCUCAAAUUUUGUUAGCUCAUCAUACAUUCCCAUGAAACAGUUUGAAAACAGUACCAAGGCAGUAGUAACGUUUGAAGUAGAGGAGUUUGUUCCCUGUAUACCAAAACAUACUCAGCCUUUCACCAUCUACAACAAUCACCUUUAUGUUUAUCCAAAGCACUUGAAAUAUGACAGUCAAAAGUCAUUUGCUAAGGCAAGAAACAUCGCAGUAUGCAUUGAAUUCAAGGAUUCAGAUGAUGAAGACUCUGUACCUCUAAAGUGCAUUUAUGGGAGACCCGGAGGACCAAUAUUUACAAAGCAGGCAUUUGCUACUGUCCUUCAUCACCACCAAAAUCCAGAGUUUUAUGAUGAGAUAAAAAUAGAAUUGCCCACCCAGCUACAUGAAAAACACCAUUUGUUGUUUACGUUCUACCACGUCAGUUGUGAUAGUUCAAGCAAAGGGACCACCAAAAAGAAGGAUACAGUUGAAACACUAGUUGGAUAUUCAUGGCUUCAGCUAUUGAAAGAUGGCAGAGUAGUGACAAAUGAACAGCAUAUCCCAGUGGCUGUUUAUCUUCCAUCUGGAUAUCUCAACAGUCAAGAACCUGGCACAAACAAACACUCUGGUCCUGAAGUCAAAUGGGUGGAUGGAGGCAAGCCACUGCUAAAGAUUUCAACUCAUCUAGUUUCCACUAUAUACACUCAGGACCAGCACUUAAACAAUUUCUUCCACUACUGUCAAAAAACUGAGUCAGGAGCUCAAGCUCUAGGAGCUGAACUUGUGAAAUAUCUUAAGAGCCUUCAUGCUAUGGAGGGCCAUGUGAUGAUAGCUUUUCUGCCUACUAUUUUAAACCAAUUAUUUAGAGUUCUUACUCGAGCAACUCAGGAGGAAGUUGCAGUGAACGUGACAAGGGUCAUCAUACAUGUAGUUGCGCAGUGUCAUGAAGAAGGGUUGGAUAGCUACUUGAGGUCAUAUGUCAAGUAUGCUUACAAAGCAGAGCCUUAUAUUGCUUCUGAAUAUAAGACUGUACAUGAAGAGCUUGCCAAGUCCAUGACAGCCAUUUUGAAGCCUUCUGCUGACUUCCUUACAAGCAAUAAGCUUCUGAAGUACUCCUGGUUUUUCUUUGAAAUUCUAAUCAAAUCAAUGGCCCAGCAUCUUUUAGAAAAUGCUAAAGUAAAGUUGCUACGAAACCAGAGGUUUCCUGCAUCUUAUCAUCAUGCUGUAGAAACUGUUGUCAAUAUGCUGAUGCCCCACAUUACACAAAAGUACAAAGAUAAUCCAGAAGCUUCAAAAAAUGCAAAUCAUAGUCUUGCUGUCUUUAUAAAAAGGUGUUUCACCUUCAUGGACAGAGGAUUUGUGUUCAAACAAAUUAAUAACUAUAUUACCUUCUUUACUCCAGGAGAUCCAAAGACCCUUUUUGAGUUCAAAUUUGAAUUUCUUCGAGUGGUUUGUAAUCACGAACACUACAUUCCUUUGAAUCUUCCUAUGCUGUUUGGAAAAGGCAGAAUUCAGAGAUAUCAAGCUUUUCUCUCACCAACUGUGGGAUCGUAUGACACUCUUUUAGACCUUCAACUUGACUAUUGUUUAUCAGAUGAAUUCUGCAAACAUCACUUCUUGGUAGGACUGCUCCUCAGGGAAGUUGGAAGUGCACUACAAGAGUUCAGAGACAUCCGCCAAAUUGCAAUUAGUGUUUUGAAGAACUUGAUGAUAAAGCAUUCAUUUGAUGAUAGAUAUGCUUCCAAAAUUCAUCAAGCAAGAAUAGCUACGUUGUAUCUGCCAACAUUUGGCCUUCUGAUAGAAAAUGUCCAUCGAAUUGAUGUCAAGGAUAUUUCACCUUUCCCUAUUAAUGCUUCUAGCACAAGUACAAAAGAAGAAUCACUUUCUUUACCAGCUGCAAAUCCAUUGAUGACUCCACAGAAAUCUGUGAAUACACUGGAUAAUAACCUCCACAAAGACUUGUUUGGUGCUAUAUCAGGCAUUGCAUCUCCAUAUACAUCUUCUACUCCUAACAUUAAUUGUGUGAGAAAUGCAGAUUCAAGAGGCUCUCUCAUAAGUACAGACUCUGGAAACAGUCUUCCAGAAAAACACAGUGAAAAAAGCAAUUCUCUUGACAAGAACCAACAAGCUGGCGCUUCAGGAAGCUCUGUAGUCCGGUGUGACAAGCUUGAUCAAAAUGAAAUCAGGAGUCUAUUAAUGUGUUUUCUUUAUAUCUUAAAAAGCAUGUCGGAGGAUGCUUUGUUCACAUAUUGGAAUAAGGCCUCAACGUCAGAACUGAUGGAUUUUUUUACAAUUGCAGAAGUGUGCUUGCAUCAGUUUCAAUACAUGGGAAAACGAUACAUAGCCAGGAACCAAGAGGGGUUGGGACCCAUAGUUCAUGAUCGAAAAUCUCAGACAUUGCCUGUUUCCCGUAACAGAACAGGGAUGAUGCAUGCCAGAUUACAGCAGCUGAGCAGCCUGGAUAACUCUCUCACAUUUAGCCACAGUUAUGGCCAUUCCGAAGCAGAUGUUCUUCACCAGUCUUUACUUGAAGCCAAUAUUGCCACCGAAGUUUGCCUUACAAUUCUGGACACCUUAUCUUUAUUUACAAUGGCAUUUAAGAAUCAGCUACUGGCGGACCAUGGACAUAAUCCUCUGAUGAAAAAAGUAUUCGAUGUGUAUCUUUGCUUUCUGCAAAAAAAUCAGUCAGAAACAGCAUUAAAACAUGUCUUCAGUGCUUUAAGAUCAUUCAUUUUUAAGUUUCCCUCUACAUUUUAUGAAGGAAGAGCUGACAUGUGUUCUGCACUCUGCUAUGAAAUUUUGAAAUGCUGCAAUUCCAAAUUGAGUUCAAUUCGAACAGAAGCUUCACAGCUCCUUUAUUUCUUGAUGCGAAAUAAUUUUGAUUACACAGGAAAGAGAUCAUUUGUAAGAACACACCUUCAGGUUAUUAUCUCUGUGAGUCAGUUGAUUGCAGAUGUUGUUGGAAUUGGAGGAACCAGAUUUCAGCAGUCUCUUUCCAUCAUAAACAACUGUGCCAACAGCGACAGGCUUACUAAGCACACUACAUUCCCUUCUGAUGUAAAGGAUUUGACCAAACGCAUACGUACGGUUCUAAUGGCUACAGCACAAAUGAAGGAGCACGAGAAUGAUCCAGAAAUGCUUGUAGAUCUUCAGUACAGUUUAGCAAAGUCUUAUGCCAGCACACCUGAACUCAGAAAGACGUGGUUGGAUAGCAUGGCAAGAAUUCAUGUUAAAAAUGGAGAUCUUUCAGAGGCAGCUAUGUGUUAUGUCCAUGUAACAGCUUUAGUGGCAGAGUAUCUUCUUCGAAAAGGAAUGUUUAAACAAGGUUGUAUAAGCUUCAGAGUAAUUACUCCAAAUAUAGAUGAGGAGGCGUCAAUGAUGGAAGAUGUGGGAAUGCAGGAUGUUCACUUCAAUGAAGAUGUACUUAUGGAAUUGCUAGAACAAUGUGCAGAUGGACUGUGGAAAGCUGAACGUUAUGAACUGAUUGCCGACAUCUAUAAACUUAUCAUUCCUAUUUAUGAAAAACGGAGAGAUUUUGAGAGGCUGGCUCAUCUCUAUGACACAUUACAUCGGGCCUACAGCAAAGUCACAGAAGUAAUGCAUACAGGAAAGAGACUGCUAGGAACCUAUUUCAGAGUUGCGUUUUUUGGCCAGCAAUACCAGUUUACAGACAGUGAAACAGAUGUGGAGGGAUUCUUUGAAGAUGAAGAUGGAAAGGAAUAUAUUUACAAAGAGCCUAAACUCACACCUCUUUCAGAGAUUUCUCAGAGACUGCAAAAAUUAUAUUCAGAUAAAUUUGGAUCUGAAAAUGUCAGAAUGAUCCAAGAUUCUGGCAAAGUAAAUCCUAAGGAUUUGGAUUCAAAAUAUGCCUAUAUUCAAGUUACGCAUGUAGUUCCAUACUUUGAGGAGAAGGAACUGCAGGAGAGAAAGACGGAGUUUGAAAGAAAUCAUAACAUCCGUCGCUUUAUGUUUGAGAUGCCUUUUACUCAACUGGGGAAAAGACGAGGUGGGGUGGAAGAGCAGUGUAAACGGCGCACUAUUCUUACAGCUAUACAUUGUUUCCCCUAUGUAAAAAAACGGAUUCCCAUAAUGUAUCAGCACCAUAUAGAUUUAAACCCGAUUGAAGUAGCUAUUGAUGAAAUGAGUAAGAAGGUCGCAGAGCUCCGGCAGCUUUGUUCAUCAGCAGAAGUGGACAUGAUCAAACUUCAAUUAAAGCUACAGGGUAGUGUUAGUGUACAGGUUAAUGCUGGACCGUUAGCAUAUGCCAGGGUUUUCUUGGACGACACAAAUACCAAAAGGUAUCCAGACAAUAAAGUGAAGUUACUGAAGGAAGUGUUCAGACAAUUUGUUGAAGCUUGUGGGCAGGCUCUAGAAGUAAAUGAGCGGCUAAUAAAAGAAGAUCAGAUAGAAUAUCAAGAAGAAAUGAAGGCUAACUACAGAGAAAUGACAAAAGAACUUUCUGAAAUUAUGCAUGAACAAAUUACUUCUGCAGAAGAAAAGGCCAGUGUAAUGCCGAAUUCGCUACAUAUUUUCAAUGCCAUUAGUGGGACACCAACAAGCACAACAGUUCAUGGAAUGCCCAGCUCUUCUUCUGUUGCAUAAACGUUUUGGGGGGAAACCGCUUUGAGUUGGACCAAAAAAGAUUUUUAUUUUUUUUAUGAUGAUUUGCAAACUCAGGAUAAAAUCCACAGUUGGAAGAGAACUGUGCAGGUUCUAAUGAUUGAGAGUGUUUAAAUCUUUGGAUCAGUCAGGGAUAAGAAAAUAGAUGGAAGAUACCAUAUACGCAUAUUGAUGGUGCACAUAUUUUUUUAUAUUCUGCUGGCAAUAUUAAAGAUUCUAGGUGUUUGGAGAAGCAAAUACUGAAGGGUUCUGGGAAAUGUCCUUAUGUUUUGUAUUUGGUAUUGUAAAAGAAAUGGCACACUAUUGACAGGUAUUAUGGAAUGUAUAAGUACAAAAGUGUUGUUAACUGUUUUCACAUACAAAUUGAUGCAAAAUACAAAUACUAGUGGGUUACAUCACUAAUUUGCGGGGUUAAUGUAUUAGAUGUGGAUUUUUGUAUUUAACAAGCAGUUGUGCUCCAUUUUAUAUUUUCUUGGCAUUUUGGAGGACAUAGCAGCAUAACAUUAAUUGAGCAGCUCCAUCCGACCAAAGGUCACACUACAUGAUAGUCUAUAAAAGAAGAAUUGUACAUAUUUGUUAAUAUAUAGACCAUAAAGUCUGUACAUAAAUGUAUUACAUUUCUAAACAUUUUUAAUAUCCAUACCAGCUUUCAUCCUUCUACAAUUGUGACAAAUUCAUGUUCAUUCCAAGUAAAUGCUCUAUUUUCUUUUUACACAUUAUUGUAUAUAAAUAAGUGCAAUAUGGGGUUGUAUACAGUUUCUGUAACAUUAUGCACUGUUUUUAAAAAUAAGACAUCAUUUUUGCCAAAGUGAUGGAGUAUGAAAGUGGUGAUAACUACUGUGGUAAUUGGUGAUGUAAUUUAAGCUUUUGCAAUAUUGUUUUAAGACAUGAAUAGGUAAUUUUAUAUUUGAGAACAUAAAGGGUUUUAAUUUUAUUUAACUGAAAACACUGGCCUGCUGUAAUUAAACAUUAUAUACUCCAUCUGUAUUAAAAAAAAAAGUUUAAUUUAUGUGGAACUUGCUCGGAUCAUUUUAUUUUAGUACUGCAAAGCAACACUGUCUGCUAAAGUUGGAUAUUAUUAUAUUGUUUUUCUAAAUACACUAGAGUCUCGCUUAUCCAACAUAAACGGGCCAGCAGAACAUUGGAUAAGCGAAAACAUUGGAUAAUAAGGAGGGAUUAAUGAAAAGCCUAUUAAACGUCAGAUUACAUGAUGGUUUUACAAAUGAAGCACCAAAACAUCAUGUUUUACAACAAAUCGACAGAAAAAGCAGUUCAAGAUAUGGUAAUGUUGUGUAGUAAUUACUUCAGGGGUCCACAAACUUUUUAAACAGAGGGCCAGGUCACAGUCCCUCAAACUGUUGGAGGGCCAGAUUAUAAUUCGAAAAAAAGCAUGAAAUAAUUCUUAUGCAUACUGCACAUAUCUUAUUUGUAGUGCAAGAAACACUUUAAAACAAUACAAUAAUUAAAAUGAAGAACAAUUUUAACAAAUACAAACAUUAGUAUUUCAAUGGGAUGUGUGGGCCUGGUUUUGGCUGUUGUAUGCUUUCAAGUCAUUUCAGACGUAGAUUGACUGAGCAAGGGCCUGGUAAAUGACUUUGGAGGGCCGUAUCCGCCCCUCGGUCCUUAGUUUGAGGACCCCUGAAUUACUGUAUUUAUGAAUUUAGCAUCAAAACAGACAAGGGUUCUUUCUUUCUCCCACCCUGGACAUUAUUCCAGGCGGGAGGCAGACUGUGUUGGAUAAUACAGAGCAUUGGAUGAGCAAAGGUUGGAUAAGCGAGACUCUACUGUAAUAGUAAUAAGUUUCAAAAAAUUCUGGGACAUAUUUGGUUUAGUUUCUCCUUUGUGAAAUAGGCCAGAUAUUUAAAUUUUGAAUUAACCAUGCUGCUCAUGAAUACAUCUUAGAAAAGCUAUCUACUUCCCCUCAUAGAGAAAAAAAAGUUUUCCAUUACAUUGUUUUCAGCAAUUCAGAGUUCAGGCUAGAGACAAUUCUGGUAUAUGUAUCAAAUGCUUGAUAUAGCAAUGUAACAUCAUAAUAAUAACUUACUGAGUUUUCUGGGCUGUAUGGCCAUGUUCCAGAAGCAUUCUCUCCUAAAUCUAUGGCAGGCAUCCUCAGAGGUUGUGAGGUCUUUUAGAAACUAGGCAAGUGUGGUUUAUAUAUCUGUGGAAUGUCCAGGGUGAGAGAAAAGACCUCACAACCUCUAAGGAUGCCUGCCAUAGAUUUGGGCAAAACUUCAGAAGAGAAUGCUUCUGGAACAUGGCCAUACAGUCUGGAAAACUCACAGCAACCCGGUGGUUCCGACCAUGAAAGCCUUCGACAACAUAUAAUAAUAAUAAUAAUGUUUACUUGUAACGCCCUUUUCACUAAAGAAAUUCUGCUUUUUAUGCCAGAUAGUUGUGUGCCACAUUUGGACUGUUGUUUAAAAGCACUCACAGUACAGAAGCAGGCUUCAGAUAACUAUCUGCAAUAAAAGCUUUUGAUAUUUAUUGUCA